CACACAAAAGGUCUCGCCACUCCACAAGCCACAAAAUCCAAAGAUCCAAAGCAAUGGUACUACCGGUAGCUACCGUAGCUAGUAGUUCCAGUCAACACAGUAGGCCUACUACUUUCUCGUUGUUGUCUUCUAUCAUCUGAUGAUAAGUUUGACUGACUUGACGAAAGUGUAUUCGGUGGAAGGAUGAAGCAACGACUGCUAUGUCUUCUCUUGGCUAUUCCACACCUGCACUUUGUCGCAGGCUUCCAACCCCAGACGUCUCCACUCAUGACAGUGGACGUGUCCCUUCCUUCAAAGAAAACAGAGCCAAGAAACUUGCGAAUCCCACGCCCUCCACCAUGGACGGAGCAUUUGAUGGAGCGAUCCGUUCAGAUUCGAUCGAGCGACCAGUUUAGCAGUCGCAGCCACAAUAUGCUACCUCUACAAAUCUAUCGCGCUACCAACACGACGCAAGCCUUGUCAAGACGUGAUCACAGCAAGAGAAUUUUUGAAGUCCAUGAUACCAACAACAACAAUACUCUGUCUAGAUCCUCUGCCACCUUGGUCCAACAGUUUGACUCGUUAUCGCCGACACAACAACGUCAAUUGCAACAAAAGAUUCAAAAGGAACACUCCGCUUCAAGUCCUCUCAAUCGCCACGAGCAUUUGCACAUUUUGUAUCGCGACGAUCACAUUUGUGUUUGUGUCAAACCGGGCGGCAUUCUCAGUGUGCCUGGGCCUCGACGCAACCCCAGUUUGGCCGGAUUGGUCUGGGACGUCCUGCAGCCAUGGCAGAUCGACAGUAUGGAUCAAAUGAUUGUCCAUCGACUCGACAUGGAUACCAGUGGCAUUCUCGUUUAUGCCCUCUCCAAACAAGCCCUCUCCCAGCUGCAUGACGAUUUCCGACAACGGCGGGUCCGCAAGGAAUAUCAGGCAUUGCUUGUGGGACAUGUCGCUCCGGCGGAAAUGGAACUCGCCAUGGAGUUGGAACGAGAUCCACAUCAUCCACCCUUCAUGAGAAUU